AUGCCUCUCUCCCCGGAGCCGCUGGACCUUACGGCGCAGGAGGCAGCAGAUCCCAUCACACAAACCCCGUGGCCGCGCACCAGACCAAGGGGUCCUCUCCCAGGUCUGCGGACAGAGCAGAUGGGAGCAGAAAUCCGUGACUCUUCAGGCCUGAGUGUGGCAAGGCUGCGCAGACUGGCUGCCCUGCUGACCGGGAGCUGGCUUGCUCCGAGGCUCUCCUCUGCAAAGCGAUGCCUGCCUCUCUGCAGAAAAGGAUGUGGGCCUCUGAGCUUUGUCCCCUGCAAGACCUCAGCUUUUGCAGGCACCCUGCCUGUUCAGCCCGGCCAGAGGAACUGGACCUUGGUGCCACCUUGGAACGAGGUGUUGGUACCGUGGAGCCCACAGCUCAGAGGGAGCCGAGGGAGGCCCGUGGAGGAGGGAGGGCCAGGCCAAGCGAGUGACUGCCUUUCCUCUUGUGCCGCAGUUCACUGGCUGUUCACCACGUGCGGGGCCAGUGGGCCCCACGGCCCCACGCAGGCCCAGUGCAACAACGCCUACCGGAACUCCAACCUGAGCGUGGUGGUGGGGAGCGAGGGCCCCCUGAAGGGCAUCCAGACCUGGAAGGUGCCAGCCACCGACACCUACAGCAUCUCAGGCUAUGGAGCCGCCGGCGGGAAAGGCGGGAAGAACACCAUGAUGCGGUCCCACGGCGUGUCUGUGCUGGGCAUCUUCAACCUGGAGAAGGACGACACCCUGUACAUCCUGGUCGGGCAGCAGGGGGAAGACGCCUGCCCCAGUACCAACCGAUUAAUCCAGAAAGUCUGCAUUGGCGAGAACAACGUGAUCGAAGAAGAGAUCCGUGUGAACAGAAGCGUGCACGAGUGGGCCGGAGGGGGCGGAGGAGGGGGCGGAGCCACCUACGUGUUUAAGAUGAAGGAUGGCGUGCCGGUGCCCCUGAUCAUUGCAGCCGGCGGUGGUGGCAGGGCCUACGGGGCCAAGACAGACACGUUCCACCCUGAGAGGCUGGAGAAUAACUCCUCAGUUCUAGGGCUGAACGGCAAUUCCGGAGCCGCAGGUGGCGGAGGUGGCUGGAAUGAUAACACUUCCUUGCUCUGGUCUGGAAAAUCUUUGCUGGAGGGUGCCACCGGAGGACAUUCCUGCCCCCAGGCCAUGAAGAAGUGGGGGUGGGAGACAAGAGGGGGUUUCGGAGGGGGUGGCGGGGGGUGCUCCUCAGGUGGAGGAGGCGGAGGAUAUAUAGCCCACCGGCUUCCAGAAGCACAGAAGCAGGCCGCUGUCCGUGCUGAUGGGGCUACGCCUAAGGGCAGCUGCGGGCAGGCCCAGCCCAACCCUUCAACUUGGGCACCCACCCCUCUGCGUUCAACUCUUCUCUGGUUGGCCACAGGUGGCAAUGCGGCCUCAAACAAUGACCCCGAGAUGGACGGGGAGGAUGGGGUUUCUUUCAUCAACCCACUGGGCAUCCUGUACACCCCGGCUCUAAAAGGUACCCCUCUGCCAGGUGGCAGAACCAGCUUCCGGCAGCCUAUCCCAGCCUCUGCCCAGGCUGACCCUCUCUCCUUGUCACCAGUGAUGGAGGGCCAUGGGGAAGUGAAUAUUAAGCAUUACCUAAACUGCAGCCACUGUGAGGUCGAUGAGUGCCACAUGGACCCCGAGAGCCACAAGGUCAUCUGCUUCUGUGACCAUGGGACAGUGCUGGCUGAGGACGGUGUCUCCUGCAUCGUGUCGCCCACCCCGGAGCCCCAGCUGCCACUCUCGCUGAUCCUCUCCGUUGUGACCUCCGCCCUUGUGGCCGCCCUCGUCCUGGCCUUCUCCGGCGUCAUGAUCGUGUACCGCCGGAAGCACCAGGAGCUGCAAGCCAUGCAGAUGGAGCUGCAGAGCCCUGAGUACAAGCUGAGCAAGCUCCGUACCUCGACCAUCAUGACCGACUACAACCCCAACUACUGCUUUGCCGGCAAGACUUCCUCCAUCAGUGACCUGAAGGAGGUGCCUCGGAAAAACAUCACCCUCAUCCGGGGUCUGGGCCAUGGCGCGUUUGGGGAGGUGUAUGAAGGUCAGGUGUCUGGAAUGCCCAAUGACCCGAGCCCCCUGCAAGUGGCCGUAAAGACGCUGCCUGAGGUUUGUUCCGAGCAGGACGAGCUGGAUUUCCUCAUGGAAGCCCUGAUCAUCAGCAAAUUCAACCACCAGAACAUCGUGCGCUGUAUUGGAGUGAGUCUGCAAGCCCUGCCCCGAUUUAUCCUGCUGGAGCUCAUGGCAGGAGGAGACCUCAAGUCCUUCCUCCGGGAGACGCGCCCUCGCCCGAGUCAGCCCUCCUCGCUGGCCAUGCUGGACCUCCUGCACGUGGCUCGGGACAUCGCCUGUGGCUGUCAGUAUUUAGAGGAAAAUCACUUCAUCCACCGGGACAUUGCUGCCAGGAACUGCCUCUUGACCUGUCCAGGCCCUGGCAGAGUGGCCAAGAUUGGAGACUUCGGGAUGGCCCGCGACAUCUACCGAGCGAGCUACUACCGAAAGGGAGGCUGCGCGAUGCUGCCGGUCAAAUGGAUGCCCCCGGAGGCCUUCAUGGAGGGAAUAUUUACUUCUAAAACAGACACGUGGUCCUUCGGAGUGCUGCUGUGGGAGAUCUUCUCUCUCGGAUACAUGCCAUACCCUAGCAAAAGCAACCAGGAAGUUCUGGAGUUUGUCACCAGUGGAGGACGGAUGGACCCACCCAAGAACUGCCCCGGACCUGUAUACCGGAUAAUGACCCAGUGCUGGCAACAUCAGCCUGAAGACAGGCCCAACUUCGCCAUAAUUUUGGAAAGGAUUGAGUACUGCACCCAGGAUCCAGAUGUGAUCAACACCGCUUUGCCCGUAGAGUACGGCCCCCUCGUGGAAGAGGAAGAGAAGGUGCCCAUGAGGCCCAAGGACCCCGAGGGCAUCCCCCCUCUCCUGGUGGCGGCUCCCCAGCCCCGGCGGGAGGAGGGCGCCGAGCCAGCCGCGCCGCCCCCUCCGCCCGCCUCUUCCUCGGGCAAAGCCGGGAAGAAGCCCGCGGCCGCGGAGCUCGCCGUCCGGGGCCCCAGGGGCGCGGCCGCGGACGGGGGACACGUUAACAUGGCCUUCGCUCCGUCCAGCGCGCCCUCGGAGCUGCACAAAGUCCAGGGCUCCCGAAACAAGCCCACCAGCCUCUGGAACCCGACCUACGGCUCCUGGUUCACGGAGAAGCCCCCCCCAAAGAACAGCCCCCCGGGCAAGCGCGAGCCGCCCGGCAGGGGCAGCCUGGGCCGCGAGGGCAGCUGCGGCGGCCCGUCCGCCGCGGCCCCCGGCCGGCUCCCCGGCGCCGCUCUGCUCCUCGAACCUUCCUCGCUGACGGCCGACGUGAAGGACGUGCCUCUGUUCCGGCUGCGUCACUUCCCCUGCGGCACCGUCCACUACGGCUACCAGCAGCAGGGCUUCCCCCCGGAGGCCGCGCCGGGCCGCUCCCCGGACCCCGCGCUCAAAGCCCAGGCCGCGCCCUGA